CAAGAAAAUGUCUGCCUUUGAGCUCUUCAUCUUGCUGUCUCUUCUGAUCUCAACCCUAUUUCAUGCCUUCAAUUGUAUCAAGAGAAGAACACAAGCCACUGAUUCUUCACCUCUCAAUCUUCCGCCGGGAAACAUGGGUUGGCCCUUCAUCGGAGAAACCAUUGGUUACCUCCGCCCCUACUCCGCCACCACCAUCGGAGCUUUCAUGGAACAGCACAUAUCAAAGUUUGGGAAGAUAUACAAAUCGAAUCUUUUUGGGGAACCGACGAUCGUUUCAGUGGAUCCAGGGUUGAACCGAUACAUAUUGCAAAACGAAGGGAAGCUAUUCGAAUGCAGUUAUCCAAGAAGUAUCGGUGGGAUUCUUGGAAAAUGGUCCAUGUUGGUUCAGGUUGGCGACAUGCAUAGAGACAUGAGGUUAAUCUCACUCAACUUCUUGACCAAUGCUCGACUCAAGACUCAACUUUUUAGAGAAGUUGAAAAAAACACUUUGUGGGUAUUAGAUUCUUGGCAAGAAAGUUCAUCUUUUUGUGCCCAAGAAGAAGCCAAGAAGUUUACUUUCAAUUUAAUGGCGAAACAUAUCAUGAGUUUAGACCCUGGAAAACCAGAAACUGAGCAACUCAAGAAAGAAUAUGUGACUUUCAUGAAAGGUGUGGUUUCUGCCCCUUUAAACUUCCCUGGGACUGCAUACAGAAAAGCUUUAAAGUCUAGAGCGAUCAUUCUUAAGUUCAUUGAAACACGAAUGGAUGAGAGGAUUCGGAAGUCAGAUGGAGACGAUGUGGAGAGACUAGAAGACGAUUUACUCGGAUGGGUGUUAAAGAAUUCUACCCUCUCGAAAGAGCAAAUUCUUGAUUUGGUACUGAGUUUGCUUUUCGCGGGCCAUGAAACCUCUUCGGUUUCCAUAGCCUUAGCCAUUUAUUUCUUGGAGGCUUGUCCGACUGCUGUUCAACAACUUAGAGAGGAACAUGAAGAAAUCGUCAAUGCGAAGAAGCAGUCUGGCGAGAAGGACUUGACUUGGGACGACUAUAAAAAGAUGGAAUUUACACAGUGUGUGAUCAAUGAGACGCUAAGAUUCGGGAAUGUGGUGAGAUUCCUCCAUAGAAAGGCUAUUAAAGAUGUGCGGUAUAAAGGUUAUGACAUUCCAUGUGGGUGGAAAGUGCUACCGGUGAUUGCAGCUGUGCAUUUAGAUCCUGCAUAUUUUGACCAACCAUACCAUUUUGAUCCAUGGAGAUGGCAGAAUGCUUGUGGGAAGUCCUCCAGCAAUGCGACGAUGCCUUCUCCCAAUAACUUCAUGCCAUUUGGCGGAGGACCUCGAUUAUGUACCGGAUCAGAGUUGGCUAAACUAGAGAUGGCGAUAUUUAUUCAUCAUUUGGUCCUGAAAUACGAGUGGAAAUUGGUGGAAUCAGAUCAAGCUUUUGCUUAUCCAUACCUGGACUUUCCGAAAGGUCUACCAAUAAGAAUCCGUCGUCUGAAACAGUCUUGUUAUAACCUGAAAAAGUCGAGCAUCGAUAACGUCCAAAAUAAUCAUUAAUGAUGGAUAACGAAAGACCUCAUCAAAAUCUUAU